GAUACUUUUCUAUAUGUCUGUCUACGGCUGAUCGUGUGGAGAUCUUGCGUGUUGCAGGUGGAACUCUGGAAGUUGACUGUUCCUUGGUGAGUUUAAGGGGUUUCUGAUGGCAUACUCGGCUCCAAAUCAUACCUCUGGAGGACCUCAUACAGGCCCUGCCAGUGAUGCUUUGUACAAGGAACUUUGGCAUGCUUGUGCUGGACCGCUUGUAACCCUUCCUCGUGAAGGGGAGCGAGUUUAUUACUUUCCACAAGGUCACAUGGAACAGCUUGAGGCAUCAAUGAAUCAGGAUGCGGAACAGCAGAUGCCCUCGUUCAAUCUGCCAUCUAAAAUUCUUUGUAAAGUGGUUAAUAUUCAGCGAAAGGCUGAACCUGAAACAGAUGAAGUGUAUGCACAAAUAACUUUGCUACCUGAUCCAGAUCAAAGUGAAGUUACUAGCCCAGACCCCCCACUGCCAGAACCUGAAAGAUGUACAGUCCAUUCAUUUUGCAAGACUCUAACUGCUUCCGAUACAAGCACCCAUGGUGGGUUCUCUGUUCUUCGGAGGCAUGCAGAUGAUUGUCUUCCACCACUGGAUAUGUCCCAGCAGCCGCCAUGGCAGGAAUUGGUUGCAACUGAUCUGCAUGGCAGUGAAUGGCAUUUCAGGCACAUUUUUCGAGGCCAACCAAGACGCCACUUGCUUACAACUGGUUGGAGUGUUUUUGUUAGUUCAAAAAAACUUGUAGCUGGUGAUGCUUUCAUAUUUCUAAGAGGAGAAAAUGGGGAGCGUCCAGAAAGAGUAUCACCAUGGGAAUUGGAGCCACUUGUUGCGGCUAAUGCCCCUUCGAACUCCCAACCUGUACAAAGGAAUAAACGGGCCCGACCUCCUGUUUUACCUUCUCCAGCAUCGGAUCUUUCUGCACUCGGUAUGUGGAAAUCCUCAAUUGAAUCUCCUGCUUUCUCAUAUUCUGACUCUCAGCGUGUGGGGGACCGAUAUUCAUCACCUAAGUUCUCUUCUGCUGCAAAGGCCAACUCUUUUUGCUUCAGUGGGAAUGGUUCACCAGCUGCAGUUUCCAGCAACUCAAUGCAGUGGCCUAACAGAGUGGAUGGUGCACUUGAAUCUUUUUCACCAGUCAUAAACAAAGAGUCUGUUGAAGGGAAACAGGGCAAUGGGAAUGGCUAUAGGCUCUUUGGGAUUCAACUAGUUGACAAUGCUAACGUAGGAGAGUCAUCACCUGUGGUUACGGUAUCAGGAAUAAUGGGAGAAGAUCGAUAUGUAGAUGCUGACUCUGAUCAGCAUUCAGAACCCUCAAAUAUUAAUCGUUCUGAUAUUCCCUCAGUCAGUUGUGAUAUUGAGAAAUCAAGUUUAAGAUCACCACAAGAGUCGCAAAGCAGACAGAUACGUAGCUGCACAAAGGUGCACAUGCAAGGCAUUGCUGUUGGACGAGCUGUUGAUUUGACACGUUUUGACUGCUAUGAUGACCUUCUCAAGAAGCUGGAAGAAAUGUUUGACAUUGAAGGGGAACUCUCUGGUUCCAUGAAAAAAUGGAAGGUUGUUUACACUGAUGAUGAAGACGACAUGAUGAUGGUCGGGGAUGAACCAUGGCAUGAAUUUUGCAGCAUUGUAAGAAAAAUUUAUAUCUAUACAUCUGAGGAAGUUAAGAAGUUAUCACCCAAGACUAAAUUUCUGGUCAAUGAGGAGGUGAAACCUGUGAAGCUUGACACUGAUGUGGCUGUCAACACUGAGGACCGUUCAUCUAUAGUUGGUUCUGGGUGCUAAUAUAUGAGCAUUCCUGUCCAAGCUUAUGGGAAGUAAGUCAUGCAAGAGGUCAAAAGAAAGGGAACACACGAUAUGGGAUUUUGUUUGUAGUAAGAUUCUGACGGACAGAUUGUAGCUGCUGUUUACCUCACACAACUUUAUAGAUCCUAUUUAGGUGGAAUAUGGUAUUUAGUGAAAAACAUUUCAUCAGGAAAGAGUGAGACUUGCCUUAUAAAAGACUUUGGGUGUUGCAGUUUUACUAUUUUGUCUCGGCAAGGGAAUGCUUAGUGUUGGUUCAAGUUUUGGGUAAAGAUUAAAAACUUGUCAGCUCUACCUUCCUUGCGUGAUAUUAAUCAAGGUCGAUAUGCUCAUCAUUCUCAAGUUGUUUUUUUUUUUUGUUCAUUUUAAUUUUUUCUACGAAUGGGUCAGAUGAGAUGAUACAUUUGGCUUCUGUAUAUAAAGAAUAUAUACCUUUCAUCUCUUUUGCUUUUCACUACAUGAAUGUUUGACUUGUAAGAAGCUUCUCUUGAAGGAGACUAUUGAAGCAGCUAGACUCUUUGAUUUUACCUUAUUUCAGCUUAUUCUUCUAUUUA